GAGGAUAUCCUCGGCCGCCGCGUGUGGUACGCUCUCACUCCGGACCUGGACGUAUCCCCCCAAAUCCUGUCGGAGACGCAGCUCGUCGGCUUCGUGGCAAUGACGAACGACGGGACGCCGAUCUCGGAGUCGGGGUUUGGGAAAUGGUGGAGGGCAGCGAGUGCGGCAUACGGCGCCGACUGGGGGCCGACCGCGCUCGAGGUCUGCGAGGCGUUGGAGGCGGUGAGGCCAGGGUGUCUGUCGCUGCCAGGUGCACUGCCUGACUUCGGCGGACUCAGCUGGUAUGCCCUGUCGGCGGAUGACGCCACCCAGCUGCGCCAGGCAGUGAGAUCCAGAGACUUCGACGGCUACCUGAUCGUGGACAAAGUCGGCAUCGCGACCAAGGGGACCGAGUGUCUGCUGGUCAAGGCCGUGGACCCCGCCGCUCCAGGCCCGGAGCUCGAGUCGGACGCGCGGGUGCUAGACAUCAAGACGCAGCCCGACGGCAGUCGACAUCGACAUUUCACGGAGGCCGCGCGCCAGGUCACCACCACGGAGUGGCCCGAGUGGCCCAUCCUAGGUCCGAGGACGGCGUCCUGGUGCCUGGAUUUUCUGGCGCGCCAGGACCAGCACCCACGUGCGCGGCACGCCAAUUGGGUGCACGAGUGCCGGCUGGAGGCCACGGACGAGGGCGUCGGGGACCACGACCUCGCGAUGCGGAUGGCGGGGUUGGGCCUCAGCUUCGACCAGCUGAACCUCGGGGAGCUGGCCUCGUUCGAGCUCUUGAUGAGGAAGGCCCAGAUGGCCGAGUGGAGCCAUCGUGAUCGACUCGCGGCUUCCCAAGGUGAUGACCUGAUGGAGGAGAGCUACCUCUAUCUCCGCGCGGGGGAGACGCCCGGCUCGGCGAUGGUGUCGCCGGCCCUGGUCGACCACAUCAAUCAGGAGAUGCAUCGCGAGGCGCAGAUCCUCAAGGAGCGCCGCAAUGCCAAGGAAGAGAGGCUGCUCUCGCGUGGCGGAGGCGGCGGAGGCGGUUCAGGCUCUGGGGGGUCAAAGGCGGAGUUGCACAAGAAGAUCCAGCAACAGGCCGCCGAGUUGAAGAGAUUCCAGGACAAAGGGCCACUGACGCAGCCACCUGGGCUCGCGCCCCGCGAGCUGCUGCCCCUGAGCGGCUUCGCGGCGGCGCGAGGUGCCGGCGGCCCCGCUGGGCUGUCGAGAUCGGUGCACUCGAGAGUGCGCCGCCGCCUGCACGUCGCGAACUGGAUAGCCGACGCGGCCGAGAGCUUGAACGCCCUGUACGGUCACGGUGCCCGCGCGGAGCUGCGCGGCCACCAGCCGGGCUACGACAUCGAGCCCGAGCAUCCAGCCCAGUACCAGAGGGAGCGGUGCUAUGCACAGUUCAUCCUGGACCUGUAUACCUCCGGCCUCAUUAGAGUCGGUGCUAAGCGCAGUGCCACGGUGGGCGUGCUCUGCGUUGGGAAGAGCGGACGGCAGCGCUUCCGGCUCAUCUUCGACACGCGUCGAGCUGACGUGGACAAUGCCUUCUACCGAGUGAGGCUCCCUGACAAGAUGGACGAACAUUUCUCGUUGCCCAGUGUGCAUCUGGGUACGCUCCGACAGCUGGCUGAUGAGGCGGGGAUCGACAUGGACCUGCCCGAGUCCCGCUUCGGCUCGCCACUCCUGCAGGUGCCGCCGGUUCGCACCAGCUCGACCCAACCUGGCGUGUGCGUCGACAACGUGUGCAUCGUCGGCGGCGACGGCGACCGCUGUGUGGCCGACUGUGGCGCUGUUGUUGGCAAGCGGGAGGAGGUCGGCCUGAAGUGCAAGGGCGUGAUGGAGCUGGGCGACCUGCAGACCUUCACGGGCAUCACCUUCGAGAGGCGCAGUGGCGGGGCGGCCUCUCCCUAUUUUUUUCAACAGACUUACAUCUUCGCCCAGGUUGCUGGGCGCCGCCGGCUGCGACUGUGGAGCCGCGUGGAGCUCGAGUUGCGGCAGGCGGCUGCGCUGCUGAUCUUCGCCUUCUCCGACUCGAAGAAGCCCGACAGCACCUUGGCGCGCGCCUCUGACGCUUCCAGGGGACAAGCCGGCUCGGGAGGCGGCUACGGCGCGGUGGGCCAGACAUGGGCCAACGAGCUCGUGGAGCACACCGCGGCGUCGGCCGAGUCGUCGCGAUAUUCAGUGCUGGGCGCGAUCGGGGCCAGGGAGUGCGCGCUGGGCUUCGACCCGGUCGAGGGGGCCAGGGUCGGCCGGCACCGGGCGCGCGCUGGCUCCACCAGCUUCGGGGGCGUCGGACGGGCCGCGAUCGGAAACUUUAGUGACUGGGGGGUCUUCUUCCAUGGCGAGUUCCAGCGCGAUGGGGAUAUCGCAGUCCUGGAGGGCCGGGCGGCGGCGAUGGCUGCGCGGCACGCUGUGCGAGGGCGCCGCGGGCACGGCCAUCGGCGUCUCAUUCUGGUCGACGGCCUCGGGCUUGCCCUCGCGGUUGGGAAAGGGCGAUCUCCCUCCAUCACUCUCAAUCAUGUCUUGCAGCAGCUGUGCGCCGCUUCCAUUGUCAUCGACACCACCUUCAUUCUCAGAUGGGCCCCUUCAGAGUGGAACCCGCGGACAGGCCCUCUAGGCCCAGGCCUCAGCGCACGCGGGGCGCCCGCGCUGACCCCCGGCACGCCGCGUAUCUUGGAGGCGCGUCGGACGGCCCAGGUGGUCACCAAGCCCUAUGGCGGGACGUUGAUGCGCUCGUGCGGAGGCGCCACUGCCGCGGCGGCCCGACCUCGGAGCCGCAGCCCGCCGACCCCAGCAGUCCUGGCGCGGCCGGGCUCGGGGACACACUCCAUGACGACCCCUGCCCGCUCGGUGGGCUCGCGGGCCUCUUCAGCGGGCCGGGCGGUGGCGGCGCGGACUCCGACAGCUCUUCGACUUCGAGUUCCGAAGUCUUCAGCGACGGGCAGUCCGAGGCCGCCGCCGGCGAGGGCCGAGGCCCUCCGCCUGGCCAGGGCGAAGGCUCGCCAGUCAGCCCGCCGCGGCGUGCGCGAGCGAGCCCGGGCCGAGGGGCUCACGGUCUUGCAGAGCCUGAAGGUCGGCAGCGCAUCGCGGGUCUACUUCCAGGAGGAGUACCUGGACUUCGUGAGUUGGGCCCGUUCGAGGGGGCCGUCGACGCUCGGGGCGCAAGCGAUCGACUCGAGCUUCGCCCAGUACCUCGAUUUCCUCUUCUGGGAGGGCCACAACCACCACAAGGGGGACAAGGCCUUCGCAGCGCUGAAGCACUACAACCCGGGGUUGGGGCUGAGCUCGGCGGCGGCGCUGGAGCGGACCACCGCCGGGCUGCGGGGCUUCCGCAAGCUCGCGAGGGGCUCGACCCAGGCCCCCAUGGCGAGGGAGCUGCUGUUCGCGGCCGUGGGCAUCGCUCUGCACCGAGGUUGGCGCAGCUUCGCCAUCGCCCUGGCCCUCAGCUGGGGCGCGAUGAUUCGGCUGCCGAGCGAGCUCGUGGCAAUGACGCGCGCGACCUUGGAGCUCAACCAGGUCAGCAAGACCCUGGGCUGCGACGAGGGCGUCGUCUUGUCGGACGAGAUGUCCUCCGCGCUCGGGCCCGAACUGGCCAGGCUGUCGCGUGCGCGCACGGGCCGCCAGGCGCUCUGGGACUUCGACGCGACGGCCUUCAACUCCAAGUUCAGGACGGUGCUCGACCAGCUGGGCCACCAGGACUGCCACCCGCACCAAGUGCGCCACGGCGGGGCCUCGUUCCGAGCGGCGGUGCUGGGCGAGAAGCUGGCGGACAUCCAGGCCAUGCUGAGGCACCAGUCGGACGACUCGACGGAGAGGUAUGCCCGGCACGUCAGGCACUUCGCGGAGGUGUACCUGGACCUCUUCAGUGGCACUGGCAAGGUCGGGAGCUGGCUGGAGCGGAAGUCGGGCUACGCGGUCCUGCGGAUCGACGUGGCCGCCCACCCCGCUCUCGACCUCUCGCGGCGCGUGUGCGGCGCCAUCGUGAUAG